ACGGGAGGGCACGCGGGCUGCGGGCCGCCGGCUGGAGACUCCUCGGGAGCGCGGCCGAGCGGCCUCGCCCGGAGCGAGCCCGGCGCCUCCCGAGCGGGCCGGGCUCUUGGCGGAGGACGGGACGUGGGCUUCUUCCUCUGGCCAGGUACUGGCAGAAGACAAGACUCCUAGGCCAGAAACUAAGGACUUGACUGCUCACAGCACAGCAGACACAACCAGCAGCCAGAGCUGCAUAUGCACAGGGAUUCCCGUUGCCCUGAACGUCCCUCAGGGUGGUGAAGAACAGCCAAGGUGGCUGCUGGUGCAUGCGGUGAGUCUGUGUCCCAGGGAAAGCAGAGAGUAUGAAAGCCUAUCUAAAGAGCGCAGAAGGCUUUUUUGUCUUGAAUAAAAGUACUACGAUUGGAAGGCAUGGAGACUCAGACCUUGUUUUAGAGUCUGCAGACAUCGACAACCAUCACGCGCUCAUCGAAUAUAAUGAGGCUGAGGGCAGCUUUGUUCUCCAGGACUUCAAUUCCCGCAGCGGCACAUUUGUCAAUGAGUGCCACAUUCAGAACGUGGCUGUGAAGCUCUUACCGGGAGACCUCUUGAGGUUCGGGACUGGAGGGCUGACCUACGAACUGGUCAUCGAAAACCCAGCCUCGGUCUCCUUCCCAUGGGCGAUGGGCCCAGCACCUUGGCCCAGGCCACAGCCAUCUCGGACCACACAGCAGCCGAACCAGUCACCCUCACCAUCACAGGUCCCCUUUCACCCGGGCGUCCGGCCGGUGCCAGUGCAGAGGAGCUGGUCCCAGGGCUUCCCCAGGCCCUCCGUGGUCCCGCCUGCCUCUCACAAGCGGCCCAUGAGUGCCAGCGGGAAGAUGUUCUCCUUUAUGAUGGACGGCACUGCCCACGGGGUUCCCAUCAUCAAACAAGUGUGGACCAACGCCAUGGAUCUGUCAGACCAACCAGUGGCCGAGGAAAUUCCCGGGGCAGGAUCCGCCAGAGAGAUGUUUGUGGAUCAUGACUUGGCCCAGCAGGAGAAGGAUGAAAUAAUUCUGCUGCUGGGAAAAGAAGUCAGCCGUCUCUCAGAUUUCGAACUCGAAUCCAAAUACAAAGAUGCCGUGAUCGCGAACCUUCAGAACGAAGUGGCCCACCUGAGCCAGAAGCUGUCGGAAACAGCCACCUCCAGACAGAAUGAGAGGGUGGUCCCGCCCAAGCUCCAGGUUCUGGAGGAAGACGAUGAUGCCCAACAGAGAGAAAUCGAGAACUUGAAAAGCCAGAUCAGUGCCCUGCAGCAAGGCUACAGCCAGGUGCUGUGCCAAACCCUGUCUGAGAGGAACCUGGAAAUCACAUCCCUGAAGGACCAGGGUGAGAACUUGAGGAGGGAUAAUGCCAUCACUUCAGAGAUGGUGUCAUCUUUGCAAAAGGAUAUGUUAGCAAAGGAUGAGCAAGUUCAACAACUAAAACAGGAGGUGAAUCAACUAAAAAGUGAGAACAAGGAAAAGGAUCACCAGCUUGAAGCCCUCAACUCCAGAUGCUCAGUGCUGAAAGAAGAGUUAAAGAAGGAAGAUGCCCAGAAGGAGAACCUGGAGGCCCAAGAGAAAGAACUAAAACUCUACAAAACCCAAAUCCACGGCAUGGAGAAAGAAGUGAGAAAGCUCAGGGAGGAGUUGAAGAGGAGCAGUACGGAGCAGAGCCUGAUCUCUAAGACGCUUCGGGAAAAGAGCAAGGUUGAAGAGAAGCUUCAGGAGGAUUCCAGAAGGAAAUUGCUUCAGCUGCAAGAAAUGGGGAACAGAGAAAACCUCAUUAAAGCCAAUUUGGAAAGGGCAGUAGGUCAGCUGGAGCAUUUCAGAAGUCAGGUCAUCAAGGCCACCUACGGACGAACGAAGCCGUUCCAGGACAAGCCCGUCUCUGAUCAGCAGUUAAUAGAGAAGAUCACCCAGGUCACUGAGGACAACAUCAACUUUCAGCACAAAAAGUGGACCCUGCAGAAGGAGACCCAGCUCGGCCUCUGCCAACAGGAGGAGAUCACAGACAGCGUUGAGAAGCUGAAGAAGGCCUUAGACAGUUGCCAGGCUUGCAUGAAGAUGUCGUGCUGCAGCAACGACCUGAGGAAGGAGGUCAGCUUCCUGCAGCACCUGCAGGUGAGCCCACCUGUCUCGGGGCUCCAGAGGGUGUCACUGGACAUCCUGCGCCUGUCGCUGUCCUGGCUGGAGGAGACCGAGCACCUCCUCCAAGACGUGGGCAUCCAGUUCUCCAGCUCCAACAAAGGAUUGUCUUUGUAUCUGAAAUACCUUCUGGAACAUUAUAAAAAAAUUACAAGUCGGACUCAGGAACUUCAGAUCAAGAUCAGUAGUUCUCAGGAAACUCAGCAGUCUCUGAUGCAAGAGAAGUUGCGGGAGCACCUGGCAGAGAAGGAGAAGCUGAGCGAGGAAAGGCUACAGCAGGAGGAGAAGCUGAAAGCCCAAGUCAAGUGCCUGAUGGAAGAGAAGGCGGCUUUGGAGGAAAGCAUUACACAAGAGAAAAACAGAGCAAAAGAAGCAUUAGAAGAAGAACGGAAGACAGCCCAAGAGCUGGAGGACCGCUUAACCCGCCAGAAGAAGGCUUUGGAGGAGACCAUUUCUCAGGAGAAAAGCAGAGCAAAGGAAGCAUUAGAAGAACAACAGAGCAAAGUCCAAGAGCUGGAGAACCACUUAACCCACCAGAAGGAGAUUUCCGAGAGCAGCAUCGCCUAUGAGAAAAACAAAGCAAAGGAGGCCAUAGAGAAGGAAAAGAAAAAGGUCCAAGAUCUGGAGAACCGUAUAACCAAGCUGAAGGAGGAAAUGGAUUUAAAAAUGCAAAAAGAAGACAUUCUAAAUAAUAAAUUAAAUGAUGCACUGGCCAUGCUAGAAAAGGCUCAGAAAACAAAGAUGGCUGAAAGUCUGAAAGCAGAGAACCUCACCAUGAAAUUAAAUGAAACAUUAGCUGAACUGGAAACUGCCAAGACAAAAAUGAUCAUGAUGGAGGAGCGGAUGCAGCUGCAACAGCACAGAGUAAUGGCCCUCCAAGAGGAGCAGGAAUCACAGAAGCACGAAUUUGAAAAACAAAUCAUGGAAUACAAGGAACAAAUCAAGCAGCACUCCCAGACGAUCGUGAGCCUCGAGGAAAGACUCCAGAAAGUGACCGAACACCACAGAAAGAUAGAAGGAGAGAUCGCCACACUGAAGGACAAUGACCCAGCCCAGGAGGGGGACGCACAGCCUGCAGCAGCACCUCUAGGGGAGAGCAGCUCCAAAGAUGCAAUGUGCGACCACCUGAUAGAGGAUUUAUUGACUGCUCAGAAGGAGAUCCUGUCUCAGCAGGAGAUCAUCAUGAGGUUAAGGAAGAACCUGACUGAAGCUCAUAACCGAAUGUCAGACCUGAGAGGGGAACUGAACGAGAAGCAGAAGAUAGAACUGGAGCGGAACGUGGCGCUGGUCCAGCAACAAAGCAGUGAGCUGAGCGUGCUCAAGGACAAGAUGGUGCAGAUGACCAGCCUGGUAGAGAAGAAGGACAAGGAGCUGGAGGUCCUCAAGCAGGCUCUCAGGGCCUCCCAAGAGAAACAAAAACUUCAGCUGCACAAGGAGAAGGAACAGAAGCCCAGGAACACAACCAAGAUGUGUGACAUUUCCGUGCAGAUAGAACCAGUCCACACUGAUACUUUCUUGAGCAGCCAAGAGGAGCAGUCCUUCAGUGAUCUAGGGGCCAAAUGCAAAGGGUCCCGACACGAGGAGGUCAUUCAGCGUCAGAAAAAGGCCUUAUCUGAGCUUCGUGUGCGAAUUAAAGAACUUGAGAAGGCCGGCUCCUCAAAUCAUAAGGACCACAUGGAUGAAUCAUUUAUAGACUUAAAGACUCUUGGGAUGGAAAAAAACGUCCAGAAAAUAUUGGAUGUAAAACCUGAUUUGCCAACUUUCUCACGAGUAGAGAGCCGAGUGCCUCAAAAUGGCCUUUCCAGCCCAGGGUCCAUCAUGGCCACCAAUAAAUUAGGGAAAACAGAUGCAACUGAGGCUCUGGAUCUCAGUGAAAAGCUGUACAUGGAUAUGAGCAAAACACUCGGGAGUCUGAUGAACAUCAAAGAUAUGUCAGGUCAUGUGUCUAUGAAACACCUCUCCCCCAAAGAGAGGGAGAGAGUCAACCAGCUUCGACAAAGAGACCUCGAUAUGGUGUUCGAUAAGAUCACCCAACUCAAGAACCGGCUGCAGAGAAAAGAGGAGCUUUUGAGAGGAUACGAGAAAGACAUUGAACAACUCAGGCAGAGCAAAGUGUCGGUUCAGAUGUACCAGUCACAGGUGGCCAAGCUGGAGGAUGACAUCUACAAAGAGGCCGAAGAGAAGGCGCUGCUCAAGGAGGCCCUGGAGCGCAUGGAGCAGCAGUUGCACCAGGAGAAGAGGGUCAACAGGGCGAUCAGGCAGCAGAAGGAACGUUUAGAGGACCUCGAACAGAGAAAUGCCAAAGAGUCAGCAGCUUGCAACUGUUCCUUCAAAGAGAAAGAGAGGCAGAGACGAAUGUUUGUAGAGGCGGUGAAGAACAAGAUGCAGAACUCAAAUUUCCAGGUUGGAGCCAGAAAAGCCGCUGCAAAGAUGGACCAAGAAAGAGAGAUGCUAAAGAGAGAGAUGUCCAGCAAGUCCAGCCAGAGCCUUCUGUUUUCUAAGCCUGGUGGAAGGAACUAGAGACAUCAUCCCGCCAGGUCUCGCGAGAUCCUCCUCCAUGAGUCAGAGAGACUCUUCCGCACCAAAUCACAAAGACAUUUUUUUAGGACUUAUUGUUACCCUGUGUGUUGCUUCCUAGACUGGUAUUUUGCGCAGUGCAAUUUUUCGGAGUGUGUGGGGAGAGGGGCUCUUUUCACAGCUAUCUACGAAUGUAAACGCACUCAGGCAUGUGAAGACUUAGUUCAAAAUUCCGACUCCUAGGCCCAGUAGAUAAACUUAUGUGUCUGGGUUGUGACAUACCCAAAUGUCACACCUCCACGGAGCUCCAAGAAAUCCACAGUUGCGAAAACCCAGGGCAUGUUACUGGGGCCACAGGACAGAAAGGUAACCUCAGGGGCUGCUGGGUCCAAGGUAUAAUGCAUUUACAUCUGAAUUUCUUAUAAUAAAUUUGAACACCAA